UUUGAUUUUGGGAAUUUGAUAAAAACAGAAUAUGCCCUUUUGUUGUUUGUUGCAGACAUUCCCAGAUUCCAAGUUUGGUUUCUUUUCUUUGAUUUACUCAUAAAAGUUGAUUUACUCAAGAAAGGGACGAAAGCUAAGAACAUUACCACCGCCAUUUUCAUCUACCAUUUUUUCUUCAUCCAUUUUCAACCGUCUCUUUCUGCAUUCAGGUCAUUCGAGAAGUUGGUUCCACGACAAAGAAGCUGAACUUAUUGUACUAGCAACUGCUGGUUUCUUAUUGCGGAAUGGGCUCUAACAGGCCGGCUGUUGGUUUACUGGAUACACUAAAUAUGGAUAGCUUUAGGACUAUACUUCCUCAUAGUUAUCCUUAUCCACAUGAGCACUCCCGUCAUGCUAUCAUAGCCGUUGCCCUGGGAUGCCUUUUUUUCAUAUCGUUUGAUAGUAUGAAUACUUUCAUACAAGGGUUUGACAGCAACAUUAAGUGGUGGUUUAUGUAUAUCUGUUUGUUAGGAUUUUUCUAUUUUUUCUCAUCGCCGUUCAUCGGGAAGACAAUUAAACCAAGUUAUUCAAAUUUUAGUAAAUGGUAUAUUGCCUGGAUUUUUGUGGCAGCUGUAUAUCACCUCCCAAGUUUUCAAUCAAUGGGAAUUGAUUUGAGGAUGAACCUUUCUUUAUUCAUAACAAUCUAUAUAUCCUCCAUUUUGUUUCUUCUUGUUUUCCAUCUUAUUUUCUAUGGUGUUUGGUACCUUGGUCUUGUUGCCCGUGUGGCUGGCAAGAGGCCGGAGAUUUGGACCAUACUCCAAAAUUGUGCAGUAAUUAGUGUUGCCUGCUGUGUAUUUUAUAGUCACUGUGGAAAUCGAGCUAUUGUGAAAGAGAAACAGAGUUUCAGCUGGUUUCCCUUUUGGAAGAAGGAAGAGAGGAACACGUGGUUUGCAAAGUUUUUGCAAAUGAAUGAGUUGAAAGACCAAGUUUGCUCUUCUUGGUUUGCUCCUGUCGGAUCUGCAAGUGACUAUCCUUUAUUGUCAAAGUGGGUAAUUUACGGCGAGCUUGCAUGCAGCGGCACAUGUGCAGAAUCGCCAGAUGAGAUCUCACCAAUAUAUUCUUUGUGGGCCACCUUUAUAGGCCUUUACAUUGCUAAUUAUGUCGUCGAAAGGUCAACAGGAUGGGCUCUUACUCACCCUUUGUCACUCAAAGAAUUUGAGAAAUUGAGGAAGCAGAUGAAGAAGCCGGAGUUCCUAGACAUGGUUCCUUGGUAUUCAGGGACAUCGGCUGAUUUAUUCAAAACCAUGUUUGACCUUCUGGUGUCUGUGACGGUAUUUCUUGGGCGUUUUGACAUGCGUAUGAUGCAGGCAGCAAUGAGCACUGCUCAAGAAGCAGAGCAAGGGGAUCCUCUAUAUGAUCAUUUCAAGGAAAAGGAUGAGUUUUGGUUUGACUUCAUGGCAGAUACUGGUGAUGGGGGGAACUCAUCAUAUUCUGUUGCGCGACUACUAGCUCAACCUAAACUUUACCUGAAAGAUGGUGACUCUGUUCGAGCUCUUCCACGUGGCAAUUUACUCCUUAUUGGAGGGGAUCUUGCAUAUCCUAAUCCGUCUGAAUACAACUACGAGAAGCGCUUCUUUCGCCCCUUUGAAUAUGCACUCCAGCCUCCUUCCUGGUAUAAUGAAAAGCAUAUAGCUGUAAAGAAGCCAGAACUACCAUGUGGUGUGUCUGAUUUGAAACAUUAUGAUGGGCCUCAAUGUUUCUUAAUCCCUGGAAAUCAUGAUUGGUUUGAUGGCCUACACACUUUCAUGAGAUACAUAUGCCAUAAGAGCUGGUUUGGUGGAUGGCUUAUGCCUCAGAAAAAGAGCUACUUUGCCUUGCAGCUUCCUAAAGGAUGGUGGGUAUUUGGUCUUGAUUUGGCACUCCAUGGUGACAUUGAUGUUUAUCAAUUCAAGUUCUUUUCAGAACUAAUAAAGGACAAGGUUAAAGAAAAUGACAAUGUAAUAAUUAUGACACACGAACCAAAUUGGCUUCUGGAUUGGUAUUGGAAUGAUUCUUCUGGAAAGAAUAUAGCACACCUCAUCUGUGACCAUCUAAAGGGAAGGUGCAAGCUCCGUAUGGCUGGUGAUUUACAUCAUUAUAUGCGUCAUACCUAUGUUCCAUCUGAUAAACCGGUUUAUGUGCACAACCUCCUUGUAAAUGGUUGUGGUGGGGCCUUCUUGCAUCCUACCCACACCUUCAGUGGUUUCAGAAAAUUUUAUGAAACCCAGUAUGAGAUGAAGGCUGCAUAUCCUUCAUAUGAAGAUUCAACCAAGAUUGCUUUAGGAAAUAUAUUGAAGUUCAGAAAGAAGAAUUGGCAAUUUGACUUUAUUGGUGGAAUCAUCUAUUUUGUUCUCGCCUUUUCUAUGUUUCCACAGUGUCAGCUUAAUCAUAUCUUGCGUGAAGAUUCUCUGUCUGGUCAUCUCAGAAGUUUCUUUACCACUGUGUUGGAUUCUUUCUCGUACGUGUUGGAACACUCUUACGUGUCGUUCAUAGGGACUGUGAUGUUGUUGAUAACGGCAAUAUCUUUUGUCCCAACAAAAUUCUCACGAAAGAGGCGGGUUUUCAUAGGAAUUGUCCAUGUAUCAGCACAUGUUUUUUCUGCUCUGGUCUUAAUGUUGCUGUUGGAGUUGGGUGUUGAGAUGUGCAUCAGGCAUCAGCUGCUGGCAACGUCUGGUUAUCACACUUUAUAUGAGUGGUACAGACAAAUGGAGAGAGAGCACUUUCCUGACCCAACUGGCCUUCGAGAACGUCUUGAACAAUGGACUUAUGGUCUUUAUCCAGCAUGCAUCAAGUACUUAAUGUUUGCCUUCGAUGUUCCUGAGGUCAUGGCCGUCACAAGGAACAACAUAUGCAAGAUUGGGAUACAGUCACUGUCUAGAGGUUACGCGGUAGUAUACUAUGCCUCUGUUUUCGUGUAUUACUGGGUGUUCUCAACCCCAGUUGUGUCUUUGGUAUUUGGAAGUUACUUGUAUAUUUGCAUCAAUUGGCUUCAUAUCCAUUUUGAUGAAGCCUUCUCCUCCUUGCGCAUUGCAAACUACAAGUCAUUUACUCGCUUCCAUAUUGACUGUAAUGGUGAUUUGGAAGUCUUUACCCUAGCUGUUGAUAAGGUUCCGAAGAAAUGGAAGUUGGAUCCGAAAUGGGAUGCAGAGCCAAAACCUUUACCGCAAUCAAACUACUGCAGAAAACACCCCAGUAAAUGGACUGCCACUAAUAAAUACCAGGAUCCAUUAUCCACAGUUAAGAUUGUAGACAAAUUUGUUAUCAAGAGGACUGAAAACAGUGAUGUUCUCAGCAAUGGACUAGUACAAACCUAACUUUUGUAGGACAUUAUUAACAUAUUAGGUUUUAUGGUUAAUGGUUAGAAGCAGCUUAGGGUAAGUUACAGGUAAAUAGUUGGGAGGUGGCUGAAAUAGAAAGAGUUGCCCUUUUCUGUAUAUAGUAUUUGUUUUCUGGUUAAUUUGAAAGUUUCCUGCAGAUUAGCUGUUGUAUUUUACUGAACUAUCAGGUGUAUGUGUUGAGGGAGAUGAAAUUAUUGGCUUGUUUGAA